UGAGUCAGCCAUGAUUGCCUUGGUUCCGGGGCUACUCCCGACAUGCACCGCGAAACAACCGCAGGUGAAAGGUUGUACUUCCGGGUCGAGAAAAAACGUGGGUUGCAUGUUUUUGUCGCUCAGAACAACAAUGAGACUCCUGACACACAACAUGUUAACUUCCCAUGUGAAAGGGGUCACUAAUGGCUACCCUCUCAAGUUGCAGGCAGAAAAUAUCAAGGUAAUGUCUGUGGACUUUAACCCCGAGUUUGUGGCGAGAAUGAUCCCCAAACUGGAGUGGCAGGCGCUGGUCCAAGCAGCAGAGAGCAUUGGACAUCUUGGAGACUUACCACGGGAGUUGGUGCCAGAGUAUGAAUCAAAUGAGGAGUUUCUGAAGAUGGCACAUCAUGUCUUAAUGGAGGUGGAGGUUAUAGAGGGGAACCUGGAGUGUCCAGAGACUGGCAGGAAAUUCCCCAUCAAGAACGGCAUUCCCAACAUGUUACUGAAUGAGGAUGAAGUAUGAAGUCUAGCCGUGUAACUUUUGUAUUCUAGAGACCUUCUAUAAAUAAUUUCAUCUGCUUGGUGGAUGAGUGAACAGCAAAUUUCUUUAUUCACUUGUUUAACAAGAGCUGACAUUUCGAUGACCAUCUGUCAUCUUCGUCAGGGCAGUGAUGAAGAUGACAGACGGUUAUUGAAAGUUGAAAUGCCAGCUCUUGUUAAAGAAGUGGUUGUGAAUAAAGAACUUUGCUGUUCUAUCCUCUAGAGACUUUUAUAUAAGUGUACAAAUGUGUUGAAUAGAGCCAAAAAAUCCUUGUACCAGACAAUGUAUUUUGUACAUGGCAUUGAUUGUAUGCUAUUCAAGUAUGUUUACAUGGCAGGUGGUCAUACAUGACAACACCAUUGUAAGAGGUGGUUGUUAGGUAGGUUCUUGAAACAUUUUAGAAACACCUCAGAACCCAAGGUUUGAUAUUAUUAAUGUUCUUUGAUUCGAAUACUUGAGUUGCAAUCAAAUAUGUCAAACAAGGACCGUGACUUGAAAGUGGCAUGUAUGGAGUAAAAGAAACUUGGCUUUGAAAGAAUUAAGGAAGAAUUGGUACCUGUAGAUAAUGUGUAGCUCAACUUUAGCAGAUUGAUACCUUGUUUUUAGAGAGAGAUCCUUUUGUAAUGUGAUAGGAACAAUGGCUGCUUGUAACUGUGUCACCAGCUACUGUUGGCAGUUUUUUUUGUUUAACACUGUGCAAUGGAGCCGUGUGCAGAGCCAACAUUUCCUAAUACUAGUACAAUCAAUGUACAAAUAGUCAUGUAGUAGGAGACUAUAAAUGAAGGACAAUGAUGGUAUUGUUCAAGGGAUUAUAUUUGUGCAGCAUUUCACCAUCAGUGCUGUGUUACUGAUCUAUAGACAUUAUGCACUUGUUAAUGUAAGCCUUGUGUGGGUGUAAGUUCAUCAUAUUCUUCAUAUUAACAUAUCCUUCGUGUUUGGCAGUAGCAAAUGUUCAUCUCCAAGUGCCAAAGUAACCCUUCGGAGAUAUUGUACUACCAGUAACAAUCCCGAAAAAGGGGAAGAGAACUAGUAAAUUAAAGUUAUAAAUUUAAUUACUUGUAUGCAAUGUGUGCCUUUAUCCCUCUGGCUUUACAUUGGCAAGUGCACAAUUUAGAUACCAAUCAGUUAUCUGUUGUUUUUGACAAUUAAAUUCUGUACAGUCUAACACAG